CUAUAAAAUUGCAAAUUGAGUUCUUGACUCACGCCACUUUCAAAUACAACUCUCUCUCUCUAAUUUCUCACUCCCUCUUUCAUCACAAUCAUAUCUUUGCUAUUAUUUUACCAUUCAAAAGGACCAAAAUUAUCAAAAAACAUCAUCAUUCUGAGCAUUUUAUCAUAUCAAAAGUACCAAGAAAGUCAUUUUUAGAAGAUUUACUCAUUGAAAAAUCUGGAUUCAUUAGUUAUUUUCUUUCCUUAUGAACUCUCUUGCUUACUUUAUUGUUCCCUUUAAUUCCUUUUUUAAUCUCAGGCUUUCUUCUCCGUGUGGGACUGACUGACUUUGGUUGUGUUUCUCCCAUCUUUUAAUGUUUUUGAGUCUUCUUUUGUCAGAUUGUGUUUUGAAUCAUCGUGUUUUUGGCUUCUCUUUGACGGUUCUAUUGCUCCUCUCGUUUUUUAAGAGUAGUCCUGUACUUUUGGUGUCACUCUCAAAGCAACCUUUUUUUUUUUGAGGCUGAUCCUUUUUUGAUAACGCUGAAAAUAGCUAAUCAGAAGAAACAAAGGCUUCUUCGAUGGAUUAUGAUAUGCUGUGUCCGAUCAAAUACACUGAGCAUCGGAAUGUUAUCAGGAAAGUCUCUAAACCCUCUCUGAUUAAAUCCAAAAAAUUCCCAGAAACCUCAAAAUCCCCUCAAUACAAUCCAUCUGUUCCGAGGACUGUUCGGAUUUCUGUUACAGACCCAGACGCAACGGACUCUUCCAGCGAUGAAGAAGAAGACCAGUUAUUCGGUCGUAGACGGGUGAAAAAGUACAUCAACGAAAUCAGUAUUGAAGCCGCUCCAAUCAAGUGCGAAGUUAGCAGCAGUACAGCUAAGAACAGUGAGAAAACGAUGGUGAAUAAAAGAGCAUUGGAGGCUCUUCAGGUCAAGCAAAAGCCAAUGAAAGUCCAGACCCCACAAUCGACUAGCACUGUUAGGAAGUUCCGCGGCGUACGUCAACGACCGUGGGGUAAAUGGGCUGCUGAGAUAAGAGACCCAGCCCGUCGUGUCAGGCUUUGGUUAGGAACAUACGACACGGCUGAAGAAGCUGCUAUGGUUUAUGACAACGCUGCAAUCAAGCUUCGUGGACCCGAUGCCUUAACGAACUUCAUCACUCCUCCCAAGCCAGCGCCAGAGCCAGAACCAGAACCAGAAAUCAGUGUUCCUUCCCACUCUGGCUAUGAAUCCGGUAACGAUUCCCGGAACAUUCCUUCUCCAACAUCUGUUUUGCGGUUUAGAAUGAGCCAGUCAAGUGAAGAGACAGAUCAACAAAGCCAGUGUCCAUCGGUCCAAGGACCGAUGGAGUGUGAGCAAACGGUUCAAGAGGUUGUUGAACCGUUUGUUCAAAAUGCUGAACCACUUGAGUCAGUACCUCAGCAGGAGGAUGUUGAGGAGUGUCAAGGCGAGACCAGCAUGAUUCCAGAUUACUCAAAUGAUUACUUACCAACAGAUGUUCCCUUCUUGGAAAACUACUUCAAUUUCGAAGUACCAGAACAAACAUUAUUUGAGGACAUUCCAACAACAACAACAACGAGUUAUCCCAAUAAUUUAGGCUCGUCAAACAAUGACAUUUCUUCAUUGGAUUUCGCAAAUGACUUCCUCUUUAACGAUGAUGAUUUCGCCAAUUUUGAUGAUGCCUUUCAAGAUUUGGGUACAUUAGGAGUGGAUGAUUAUUUCCAAGACAUUGUUGAUUAUUCCAGUGUUGAUUCUCUGUUGGCUAUUUAAUUUGCUUCUAUGAAUGAUCAAUUUUGCAACUGUUACUAUCGCCGGCUUGCCACUGUUUAGUGACAAAUUUUGUCUUCCGGCGACAGCAAGAAAUCGGCUAGAGUUUUAUUUAUCUUUUUAUUUUUUAGUAUAUUAGUAAUAGUAUUAGUAUUUAUUAGUAGUACUAUAAUUUAUUUGUUUUAGGAUCUCCGUGAAAGUGAAUGGAGUGAAGAGUGGAAUUUUUGUUUUAGUUUUAUAAAAAGGUUUUUUUUUUUUCUUUUUUAGAAUAAGUAGAGAUGCCUUGGAAAGAGUUGUAUCGGAGUACUCUACGGAGAUUUUAAAUGAGAAUCUUAUAAUCUUCAUUGAAA